AGGAAGAAAUCAGGAAGAAGCGCUUGAAGUGGAUAGGACAUACAUUGAGGAAAUCACCCAAGUGCGUCACAAGGCAAGCCCUCACAUGGAAUUCUGAAGGCCAAAGAAGAAUAGGGAAGACCAAAGAACACAUUACACCGAGAAAAGGAGACAGACAUGAGAAUAAUGAACAAAAACUGGAUAGAACUAGAAAGGAGAGCCCAGGACACAAUGGGUUGUAGAAUGCUGGUCGGCAGCCUAUGCUUCAUUGGGAGUAACUGGCGAAAAUUGUUUUUUAUGAAUAGUUCUCAUGAAUUCACUUGAAGUUAGCAAUAAACAGAUUUGGCCAUUAGUAGUGGAUAAUAAUUCAGAUAAUGAAACAUUUUGGGAUGAUAAAGAUUUAAUUGCUGAAUAUAAUCGAAUUGAGUCUCUUGUUCAGGAUAAAUUAACAAGUGAAUUGGGUAAAAAUGCGAAGCACAAGUCCUCUAAAAUCAGUGGUAAUUUCCAUGAACAUAUAAAUCAAGAUUCAUCUAGUACGUUCAAUAACUCAAAGGUACACCAUACUAAAGAUACUCAGGAAGAAAAUGUCGUCUUAGUGAAUACUCAAUCACCCAUUGACAAUAUCAAUCCAGUUUGUGAUUUCCAAUGGAUUCCGCCGUGUUUAAAUCCUCCGCCUCAAUUAUUCUCUAAUUUGGCUUCAUCAAGGGACAGUCAUCUUCCUAGUGACGUUCGACCUUCUCCUCAACCAGUCUUUAAUAACACGAAAGGUGACCUAUCAACUCUUGAACCUAUACUACGCUCCUGGUAUGAAGCAGGUUACAAACUUGGUCGUUCACAUGCUAUGAAGUUGAAGUCAACGUCAUCUGUACCUACUACAAACUCUUAAGUUUUUUUUACAUGACAUGUACAUCUUCACAUAUUUUCACACAAUACUUCAGAUUAUCAAUAAAAUCACUAUUCAUACUUGUAUCAAGUGAUAAUUGUUUGCAGUAGUUUAAUAAAUUACUUCAAGGUGUGUCUGAGUCAUAAAUUAAUUAAUUUCCAUCCUUGUUCAAUAUAACGUGACAUCUAUUGGUAUGGUCCUUGUAUCUUUGGAACUGUGCUGUGUUUAUAUUUUAAGAUUCUUUCCAGACAGAACUAAUAAGAGCGAG